UUUGUUUGAGAAGAAAAUUGGGUGAAAAACGUUUGGUUUGUGUAAAACUGACGUUAAAAGAAUUAAUUAAAGUAUUGUUUAAGUAAUAAGCCAACAAGAUGGAUAACAUUGAACGCCUUUACAAGUGCUACGAGAUAUUAUCAGAAGCCGGAGAUAAAAUUAGCGAGCAUGUGGCUGAAUAUAAAGAGAUACUACAGGCCGUUAAGGGCACAUCGAAAGAGAAGCGUCUAGCAUCACAAUUCAUAGGGACUUUUUUCAAGCAUUUCCCAGAGCUAGCAGACACCGCAAUUGAUGCUCAGUUUGAUUUGUGUGAGGAUGAUGAUACACAGAUUCGUCGCCAAGCUAUAAAAGAUUUGCCCAAGCUAUGCCAGGGUAAUACUGAGACAACCAUACGCGUGGGCGACACACUAGCUCAAUUGCUAAUACUGGACGAUGCCACAGAAUUACAGCAAGUCAACAAUUCGCUGCUGAGCAUCAUUAAGCUGGAUACAAAGAGCGCUAUAACUGGUCUAUUCCAGCAGAUAACAACAGGUGAUGAGCCAACACGUGAACGCUGCUUUAAAUUCAUUUCUACCAAGCUGCAAACCAUGGGUCCCAGCGUUGUCACCAAGGAGAUUGAAGAAUAUAUUGUGGAGGAGAUUAAAAAAGCGCUGCAGGAUGUUACUGCCGAUGAGUUUCAUCUAUGCAUGACAAUAUUGGGUGCCACCAAGCUAGGCAAUACAAUAACCGGUCAUGCCGAGUUGGUCAAACUGGCCACCGAGCAGGCUGAAUUAAAUACCGCUGAUACGGAUGCCAUAGCUGUGGACGAUGAGAUUGUAGAGCGCUUUAUACAAUGCGCUUCAGCGGCGGCACCUUACUUUUCGAAAACCAUUAAGUCUACACAAUUUGUAAGCUACGUAUGCGAUAAAUUGUUGCCAAUUAACACUUGGAACUUGAUUGCAACUGCUGUGUCACAGGAUCAAAUACAGCUGCGUUUGCUAAAGGUAUUCGCCGAGAUGAUAACAAACACAGAUAAGCUAGAGAAUGCUAAUGAACGCAUCAAUAAUGUCUACAAUGUGCUGCUCGAGUACAUGCCAUUGCCAAAGCUAGAUGAUGAGGAUGUGGCAGAUGCAGCACCUUCAUUUCACUUUUCGCAUGCAGAGUGUUUACUGUAUGCACUGCACACGCUGGGCAAGAAGCACACAGGCAACUUGUCCUUUAUAGAAGAUGCUGAGAAGCUAAAAGAUUUUCGCGCUAGAUUACAAUAUUUAGCUCGCGGCACACAGGGUUAUAUUAAGAAACUGGAAGAGGCGCUUAAGGGUAAAUCAGGAGAGGAGCUAAAAACAGAGGAGAAUCAAUUAAAACAAACGGCACUAAAGACGACAUCAAAUAUCAAUAUAUUGAUACGCGAUCUAUUUCAUUCACCCCCAAUAUUCAAACAUGAUAUUGUGCUCUCCUGGACUGUGCCUAAAAACAAGCUGGGAAAACGUCAUGCGCCCAUUACAUUCGGCGAUAAGGUCGCUGCUGCUAAUGGUAAGGAGGAGUCGGAGCAACAGGAUAAGAAAUCACGCCCAUCCAACGAGCAGAAAUUCUACUCACCACCAUCGGGCAAAUAUUCAGGCAAAGUGAAUCCCAACUAUGGCAAUAAUCAACGUAACAGGCAACGUGGCGGAGGCGGCGGUGGAAACUUCAGGAAUCGACGCUACAACAGAUAUUAAUAAAUUAAAAUAUAACCAGCUUAGCAUGUUUGCUGUCCUAGUCGCUAAAAAAACCAACUCCCAAUUUGGAUAAACAACAGAUGAAUGUUUAACAAUAUAUCAACGCGUUUAAAUAAACAACUUACAAACUCAACUUAAACCUCAACUUCAACUUUGGCUAUAGAUGAAACCUCUGGUGAGUAUCAUGUGAGAUUUCCAUGUAAUUCUCUACCUUUGAUAUAUUUCAGAGCGUGCAGCAACUAAAAAACAAAUGCAACUAUCUAAUUAAUUAUUUUAUACUGCUUUUGUUAUUUUCACACAUACACAAACAUGUUUGCAAAUUGUUGCAUGUUAUAUUCAUAAGCAACGCCAACGUAUCCUUAAAUUUCAUUUCAUUGCAAUUCAUCCAAAAACACGCUAGGCGUUGCUUGUCUAUAGACAUGACCAGUCUCUAUAACAAUAUACAUUGUAUUUAUAUAAAUGAGAAAAUUAUU